AUGGAGUACUACUCGUCGCUUGAUGCUUCCCAGUUGGACUCAGAGACACCCACGCUUUUUGAGGUGAUCUCUGCGAACCAGCUCGAAGCGCUUUUGUCUCCUUCUUUGCGGUAUAUAUUGGUCUACUAUGCGAGCAGGUACCCGUAUUGGUUGUUACGAAUCACGAACAGGUUUGACGAAAUCAAUUUGGUUUUGCGAAGCUUUAUUGAAUGGUAUUUUCUCAAGUACUGGCAAGGCACAUUCACAGAAAAUUUUUACGGUUUAAAGCGUGUCAGUCAGACUCCAUUAUCGAAUGGUAAAUACAACAGCGGUAAGAUUACCCAGAUUGUUCCAUCGAUGAUAGAAGAACGCCGUAUGCUCACGACGCUCCAAGCGGCCGUCUCUGUUUUUGAAAUUACUGGGGUCUCCUAUCUUUCGGAGAAAUUCAACUACUGGUACGAGAUACUUUAUCCAAAGUACAUCACUAACCAGCUUAUACCACAAGAUCCAACUUCUCAGAGGGACCGCCUCCAUACAGAACUCAAACGUAAGUUUGUCGAGUGGUAUCCAACUGUUCAAAGUGGCUUUAAGGCUGCAAAUUUCAUCACCACACUUCUCUACUUUAGUGGGAACAGUAAAUCACCAUCCAUCCUCACAUACCUAUUCAAGAUGAAUUACUCAAGACUCAACCAGUUUGAUUAUGAUAAAAACAAACCAAAGCUUCCUAAAUUCAACGAGAAACACAACAAGGUUAGGCCACCAAACGAAACUGAAUUAAUUCUUCGCUUCCUUACGCGAAAUUUCUUGCGUCCGUCAUGGAAGUUGACGAAAUUGCUUCUUGGUACCUUCUUCCCCGUUGCCAUCUUCACAUUAAAGUUUUUGGAAUGGUACAACAACUCUGAUUUUGGUAACAAGGUUUCGAAGAGCCUGGGCAAUGUGCUUGACUCGGUUAUUCCACCACCCACAGUAGUGUCGCGAAGUCUCAAACUGAAGUCGGACGCUCCCAAGAAAGUAUACAAAUCGGAAAGAACAUGCCCCCUCUGUCACGAAGAGAUCACCAAUCCUGCCAUCAUUGAAACCGGAUAUGUAUUUUGUUAUUCUUGCAUUCACAACUACCUUGCCAAUUCGCACAAAGUUGUCACCCAGAAAUUGACUCAAGCGGGAUCUGACAAUGACUAUGAAGAAAGUGAUGCUGAGGACUACGAAGACAAUGAAGACGAAAAAUUGGAGACGAAAACCAUAGCUACCAACUUGGAUAAAGGGGGACGAUGUCCCGUGACAGGACGCAAACUUCUUGGGUGCAGAUGGAACUCGCUCAAGGAAGAGUGGGAAAUUGAAGGGAUCAGAAGGUUGAUAUUUUAG